AUGGUGAGAAUUCGAAGGAACAGAAAUGCACAAACAGCAAAGAAGACCCCCACCGGAUCUCAGAAGACUAAAAUGACUCCUCAGGCGGCAGCGGCGAUUAUUCGCCAGUCGCAGAGCAUGAUCAAAGACAUCGACAGACAGUUAAUGGACCUGAAGACCCAGCCCCAGCAGGGAAAGAAGAAUCAGAAGCCAGCCCAAAGAAAACAGAAUAACAGUACAGCAUCAAAAGGCUACAAUCAAGGCUCGAAGGCGCAAACGCAGUCAAAGAAAAAACAGACGAAGAAAAACGCGAAUUCUGGCAAAGUCCAAAAGAGUCAAACGACGACGCCCAAGAAGAAGACGGCACAGAAAAAGAAACAAGCGAAGACUCAAAAGUCCGUGCCAAGAACGCAGGAACAAUUAGACAACGAGCUUGCCGAAUACAUGAAGAAGACGAAAGGUGGCCUUGACGCUGAGCUUGAUAGCUAUAUGUCCCAGGCAGCGGUCAUAGAAAGUGAAAUAGAAUGA